AGAGGAAGGGUGAAGUAUUUCUGCAGUGUUUCAGUCUCUUCAUAUCUAGCUUCAAACAGCAAGUCUGUUUGCUUUUCUAUCCCAACGGCUUAGCAGGGAGGUCUGCUACUGGCUCUGGUGCAGUUCUGCUGGAACUCCCACAUUGGGACUAAUUGUUUCUCUGUUUCAGCUGCGGGCUCGUUUGAUGAUGAGUGUCAUUGCAGUCCAGUCUGUGAAAAUGGUGACAGCCAACAUGUUGCUGAGUGUCUUCUUGGUUUCAGGUGCUCUGACUGCAUGUCCUUACAAUCCAGACCUAUUCAUAAAUACACCAAAGAACAUGGAAGCACUGAGUGGAUCUUGUCUGCUAAUCCCAUGUAACUAUAGAGCUAAAAUGGAUCAAGAUUUCAAAAGCACAAGGAAAACCUCCGGAGUGUGGAUUAAAAGUUCAAAAGAUUUUGUUAAAAUUCCUAAAAAUGUUAUUUAUAACAGUAGCUGGGAGCACAAUGUCUAUCCAAUGAAGAUUACUGGAGACCUGAGUCAGAAGAACUGCACCACUUUAUUUUCUAGUUUGAUCACUAAUCACACAGACACAUACUACUUCAGAAUUGAGAACUGGCCAAGCAGAGCAACAGCUGAGUGUGAUCCUCUUCAAAUAAGAGUUAGAGAUUCCCCCCCGAGCCCCAGAAUUGAGAUCUCAGGUGCUCUGAAGGAGAAGGAGUCUGUCACUAUAAGCUGCUCAGCUCCCACUCCCUGUCCACACUCCCCUCCUAAACUCACCUGGAAUCUCCAACAAGACCCUCACAACAACAUAAAGGUGAACACAGAUCGGACCUUCACAACUAAAAUCCAGAAGACCAUCACUCUGUCAGACACACAUGAUGGACUCACCAUCAGCUGUUCUGCCACAUAUCCUGUGAAUGAAGGAAGAGGAGUCAAGACAGCAGAGGAGACAAAGACUCUCAGUGUCUCAUAUGCUCCCAAGAACACCUCAGUGUCCAUCAGUCCAUCAGGUUUGGUGUCAGCAGGUAGCUGGGUGAACCUGACCUGCUCCAGCAGAGCCAAGCCCCCCCCCAGCUUCAGCUGGUUCAAGGACAGCAAAAUUGGAGCAAUCCGUGUAGGUAAAGGGAAGUUUUACAGCGUCAAUGUGACCAGUGAGACAGAAGAUUAUCACUGUUUGGUCACAAAUGGUCUCGGUAAUCAGAGGUCAUCUUGGAUUCGUUUAAAGAGUGCAGAUGGUCCAGAGUUUGGGGUUGAUGUCUACGUUACAGUGAAGAUCCUGGGAAUCAUCACACUCUACAGUACACUCAUCAUCUUUGAGUGCUGGUUGAGAUCACGGUGCUGCAACAAACCAGUGAAGGACGCAGGAGAAGAAGACUACGUCAACAAAGUGAUUGAGAUUCAAGCAACAUGAAGGAGAAGAAGAAGACAUGAUCACCAUGAAUGGAA